AUGAAUAGUAACCUGAUUGUGGCUUUGCGCACAAAAACGCGAAAGGCUUACAGAUCACAUCGUCUUCACUCGGAUACUAUAUCACGGUCUAAACUACUAAAUGACGAACAGACGAAGUCUGCUUGGUUGCUAGCCCAUUGUGCCUCUUCGCUACCCAACCGCGUCCGAUUUCGUACCUGUCGCGGGUUUAACAAGUUUGUUCGGAUUAAGCCAGCUAAUUCAAAAGUAUUUCGCCGGAUUCCAGUGAUUGCGUAG